AUGAUUAAGGAGGUGCCGAAUCCGAAUAGCAUCACUUCUGAUCAGCGUAACCACCUCGUCAAACUACUCGAAGAUUCCACCUCUCCCUCUCUGCAAAAAGCAGCUCUGGCUCUCUCCCAACUCAAUAGUCUGCUGUGCAUUUGCACACACGAGCCUGACUUGAUUCUUUCGGCCGCCGUAAAUGGAUCAAGAGAAUCUAUUCUAUCGCUUCAUCACUUCUACAAAAAUGUGGAUAGCUUAACUUCAUAUGGGCUCCACCUAGACUUGUGUUGUGCCCUGCGCAGAACGGAUAAUAAACGGGAAAAUGAAGAGAAAAACAGGGCACGGGAGUUGGCCUUUCAAGUAUAG